GUGAAACGUACUGCGCUUUGCUCUUCUAUGCUAGCAGUUAGAGCUAGCAUAGAAGCUCGUCUCUGUUAGCGGCAGUGGUCUUUGAAGAGAGUUGCUUCACAAAUAGUGGACUCAAGAGUGACGUGUGACGUCAAAACACGGCUACUAUACGUCACGGUGCGGAAUGUCAACAACGGUUUGAACAGCCUAAGAUCACAACGGGAUCUGGCGGAACAGUUUCAGCAGCGACUGAUGGAGUUUCCAGAAGAUUUUAACCAGCUCGAGCUUCUUGACACACACGGACACCUGAUCCCCCGAGGGUCUGGCAGCGUGUGGACCGGAAGCAAGGACGAUGAAGAAGAGGCAGAGGAGAGGGAGCACAGUGAGGAGUGGUAUCUGGAAAAGGAGGAAGCUCUCAAAGAUGAACCCAACGAGCUCAUUCUGUGGGCAGCGGAAAACAAUCGCCUUGCCACAGUCCACAGUUUGUUAGCUGCUGAUCCUUUGCUGGUGCACUGCUGUGAUGAAGAUGGUUACACUCCCCUGCACCGUGCCGCAUACAGCGGCCACGUCGAAGUCGUCUCUGCUCUGCUUGCCGGCGGCUCUAAGGUCAACCCCCGCACCAUCGAUGGCUGGACUCCCCUUCACAGCGCUUGCCGCUGGAGCCGCGUUUCUGUGGCGAGUUGUCUCCUGCAGCACGGAGCGGAACUGAACGCCCAGACCAACGGUGGACUCACACCAUUACAUCUCGCUGCUUCUUACACAAGCUUCUCAAAAACAGACUCCAGACACACCUUAGAGCUGCUGCUCUCUCAGCGCCAUCUGAAGCCGGGGCUCCGCAGCAGCAGCGGGGAGACUGCCGGAGAGGUGGCUCGACGUAGUGGGCCACAUCACUUUAUGUUUGAGAUGGUGGAAGACUAUGUGAAUGUGGUGCCCAUCUCAUGAACAAAAACACAGGCUCACACAGGCUUUCACAUUAGCUGUCACUUGAAAAAAUGUAUAAAAAUGGAAUCUUACACAUUAAUUAAAAUGCUCUUGCAUUCUAGUGUUUGAAGCAGUAUUGAUGUCUUGCUCAUGGUCAGGUUUCCUUUUGAAGCAACAUAAUAAACGUGAAUGUCAAAUCCCAAAUUCAUCUUCUUUACAAUUAGAUUGAAAGUUUCUUUUCUUUUAUUCUGCAAUAGACCACAGGUUAAAAAAAGGUCUGCAUUAAACCUGAAAUUGCAGGUUUUCUGAGGAGCUGAAAAGAUGCUGUGAUAAGAUUCAAGCUGUGUUUCUGAGUGCCAAUUGUUCAGUGACAUUUAGAUACUAGAAAUUCAAAGUAUUAUAUAUGAGUAGUUAUUUUAGUAUCUACCUAUUAACUAAAAGUCUUUUUCAACCUUGAAAGGUUUUCUUUGGAUUUGUGUAAGGCCUAACUUUUACACUCAUUAGCCACUUUAUUUGUUACUAGAGUAGGCUCUGGCACUCAAACGAUGCUCGCUUGGUACUGUGGUGCCCAAAAUGUGCCACGUAAAUAUAACCCACACCAUUACAACACCACUACUAGCCUGAAACACUGAUAAAAAGUAGGAUGGAUGAGACUCAUCAGAUCAAGCAAUGUUUUUUUAUUUUCUAUUGUCCAGUUAUAGUGAACUUGUUGUGUAGCCUCAGUUUCCUGUUCUUAGCUGACAGAGAUGGCAUCCAGGUUGGUCUUCUGCUACUAUAGCCCAUCUGCUUUAAGGUUUGACAUGUUUUAAGAGAUGCUUUUCUGCAUAACUUGGUUGUAACUUGUGCUUAUUAGUGAAUAUUUAUACUGAUCUUCUUUUGGCCUCUGACAGUGGAUUUAUGUCUGUGCUUGUAUGGCUAAACCUCAGUGCAGUGUUUGAUACUGUUGACAAUAUUUUAUUACCGAAAUUAGAGCAUGCCAUAGAUACUGCACUGCUGUGAUUUGAAUCAUAUCUAAUAAACGCCAAUGUGUUAAUGUAAAUGGAAGUCCACAGGGUUCUAGGAUUCUGCUGACAUUAUAUAUGGUUCCCUUAGGCAAUAUCAUUAGCAUGCAUUUUUAUUGGUUUGCAGAUGAUACCCAUACUCUCAGAUGAGUUAUUGGGGGGGGGGGGUGUUGUUCUUUUCAGUUACUGCUAAAUAUUCACGUUUUUAAUAAUAGCUUCUUACUUUGUGUGACAAGGUUUUACAGAUCAUCUUCUCUGUAUUGCAUGCUUUUUCUCAGGCAAUGACCAUUAAAAAGAACCCCGGCUAUUAA